UAGAGCUGCAGCAGAAGGGGAGCAGAUGAGGAGGAGCCCACAAUACCUGUUGAAAGGAAAGAAGAAGGAACAAAUGAUCAGUCUGCAGAACCUCCUGACCUCAAGAACGCCUUCUGUGACAUCACUGGCAGUUCCCACAACAGUAGAGGAGCUGGAAGAUGAAGUGGAGAGAGAGCAAAAGCAAAUGAUAAAGGAGGCUUUUGCCAGGGAUGAUGUCAUCAAAGAGUUCCUAAAAGAGAAGAGGGAAGCUAUCCAGGCCAGUAAGCCAAAGGACGUGGACCUGACCUUGCCUGGCUGGGGAGAGUGGAGCGGGAUGGACCUGAAGCCCAGUGCCAAGAAAAGACGACGGUUUCUUAUUAAAGCCCCUGAAGGUCCUCCGAGAAAAGAUAAGAAUCUGCCCAAUGUAAUUAUCAAUUAGAAGCACAACAUCCACGCUACAGCU